AUGCCAGCCAAAGCUCACCGUCCCGGCCCCACUCGCAAUCACUCCCGCACAUCCUCGGGCGGCGCAUCCAGGCUUGCGCUCAACCUCCACUUCACUCAGAAGGAGCCCAUUCAGCCAAAGACCGAGAAAGCGAAACGCAACGGCCAUGUCCACGAGUCUAACGGGCGCACAACCUCUCCUUUCCCCAGACCCAACAGUGCCCAGCGGGUUCAGCCGCGAGAGCACUCAUCGACCGCAGCGCCGAAACGGGCACCCCUAUCACAAGCCACUUCUGCACAGUCAAAGCAUAAACCUGGCUUCACUUUAGCGAGCACGACCGCGGGCAGCGACGAGGAUGACGACGAGUGGGUUUCCAGCGAGAGCGGUGCCGCGACGCCGGACCAUCAGACUGAUUCGGAUGCCGAAGAGGAGUCAGUGACUACACCACAGGAGCUGACACAGGCAGCGGCUGUCCUUGCGGACGAGGCUGCCAAAGGCCCCAGUACUCCGCGUGCAGCAGACUCACCUUUACCUCCCACAGCGAUCACGAACGGCGGUGGUGCAGCUCACUACCAACGUAUCGCUGCACCUUCCUUGACAAACACCCGACCCGCUGAUCCCCAACCCCGCAUCCAAACGAACCCACCCGUGCUACUUCCGGCCGCGCCGAUCAUUCCAUCUACGAUGACAACUCCUAUCACUCCAGAUACGCCCACGUCACCGAAGGGCGCGCGACGGUCGUCAGAUUCUCAUAAGCGCGUAACACACGCGCGCCCCUCUUCAGCACAUUCCAUCCACUCGAUAUCUUCGGCUCGCAACGAGUACGGUCACCCUCUGCGCCCUCACCCGCUCAUUCGCGGACAGUCGUUUGGGCAUGGCCAUCUCGCACCACUCACAAUAACGGAAGAUGCAGCUCAGGCGCAGCUAUCCUCGUCUCCAUCGCCACCGCGCCUUCGACCUUCCUCUUCCCCCACCAGCAUCAAGACCGUCUCAGCAUCACUUACUUCGUCUGUGCAGACCUCCCCAACGCGCGACUCAUCUCGCAACAAUCAUCGUCGUCCGUCCACAUCGUCCGUGCGCUCUGUUGCCACAUUACCCGCACAUCCGAUAGGUCAAAUGUCUCCCAUCUCAAACCACGACCGCACCCGCACAUUGUCGACUGCAUCUUCCUCGUCAUCAGCGGCAUUCUCAUCUUUGGCACAUCUUCCCACCAGUACGCGUGUGGCUCCGCCCCAUCUGGUUGUUCGCUUCCCUCCACCCAAAUCCAGCGCAGACCUUGAAAGCUUCCACCAGCUUCUCCCCUUGCCGUACAUUCCAACGCACCUCACUCUUCUCAGGUACCGAAAUCCCAUCCGCGAGUCAUACGAUAACGUUGUACGAGCCAAACUGCGCAAGAGGGGCAGCUAAAGGCGGUUGUCACAUUCACAUACUCAUGGUAACUCGAUUCACUUUCUCGCCGGCUUCACAGCACAUGCAUCCGCGCCACUUUCACGCACAUUCAUCCUUACUCAAGGAGGGAUGCCUUACCCUAACAACGGCAGUGUCUAUAAUUGUUUGUAUGUUCCAAGUCUUUCUGAUUUUCUAUUGUUGCCUUCAUCGGACUCUUCACAAUUUCAUUCGUUGUCAUACUGU